AUCUCUCUCAUUCCACCAAAUUCCGCACCCCGAGCUCCCUGACACACACAACAACUCGCCCAGCACCACCGCGUCAGGAAGCCUCCCUUGUCUACGGCGGCUGCAAUGGCCGACCGCGUCUACCCCGCCGCGAAGCCCAACCCGCCGCCAGCAAUGGCCAGCGGCGGCGGCGGCGGCGUGCCCCCCAAGCCGCAGAUGUACCAGCGCCCCAUCUACCGGCCGCAGGGCCCGGCCAAGGGCAAGCGCGGGCGGUCCUGCCGCUGCAGCUUCUGCUGCACCUUCUGCUGGGCGCUCCUGGUCAUCGUCCUCCUCGCGGUCCUCGCCGCCGCCGCGGGCGGCAUCUUCUACCUGCUCUACCGCCCGCAGCGCCCCAGCUUCUCCGUCUCCUCCGUCCGCCUCACCUCCUUCAACCUCUCCUCCUCCGCCACCGCGCCCGUGCUCACCGACACCAUCCAGCUCACCGUCACCGCCAAGAACCCCAACAAGAAGCUCGUCUACUUCUACGACGACUUCUCCUUCUCCGCCGCCACCUCCGCCAACGACGUCCCGCUCGGGGACGUCACGGUCCCCGGGUUCGCGCACCAGGCCGGCAACACCACCAUCUUCACCGCCACCAUCGCCGCCGCCGCCGUCACCGUCGACCCCAGCGGCGCCGGCUCCGACCUCAAGAAGUCCGGCGCUUUCUCCGUAUCCGUGGACGCCGACACGCGAGCCGGCGUCAAGGUCGGAAGCCUGAAGACCAAGAAGAUGGACAUCCAAGUGCGCUGCGACGGCAUCAAGGUGACGCCGCCCACGCCUCCCCCGGCGCCGAAGAAGGUGAAGGGGAAGAACGGCACCGCCCUUGCGCCUGCCCCCGCGCUGGACACCGCCGAGACGACCACCGCGGCGGUGAGCACCGCCGCGCACUCGUGCACGGUCAGAGUCCGCGUCAAGAUCGGGAAGUGGACCUUCUAGGCGCAAUACGUACCUACUCUAGGGACUUGAUUGCAAUACUUCCAGGAAAAAGAAAAAAAGGAAUUUUUUCACUUUUUAUAUUGGAAAAGUAGAAGAGAUCAUGCAUAUCAUUUCGUCGGUGUAAAUUCCAUCAAAACAUUUAUUCUAUUUUUGCGUUUUGCUA